AGUAGCGGUAUUUUUGAAAUUACCCGUUAAAUAAAAAUAGUAUUCUAUUAGGUGAAGUAAAAAGUUCUGAGCGUUUUCCGCUAGAUGUCUUUAGUGAGCCAUAUCUCACGAUGUAUACAUCGGGUCAUAUUAUACGUCGAUUUAAAGCGUUCCAAAAUGAAGGUAAAAAAAGAGAAAAUUCGAUACAUUCUUCAGUACCACUACGACCAAGGUGAAAAGGCGGAGCAGGCGGCCAAAAAAAUUUGUGCUGUUUAUGGACCCAAUACAGUAUCGAAUGCAACAGCAAAGCGGUGGUUCCAACGAUUCCGUUCUGGUAAUAUGGACGUUGAAGAUGAGGCACGCUCUGGUAGGCCAAUCGUCGAAAAUGUCGAUAAAAUCAUGGAAAUCGUCGAGUCGGACCGGCAUGUGAGCACUUAUUCCAUUGCCCAGGAACUGAAGAUUAGCCAGAAAACCGUUUGGAACCAUUUGCAUAAGGCUGGUCUCAAGAAGAAGCUCGAUGUAUGGGUGCCACACGAAUUUACGCAAAAGAACCUUUUAGACCGAAUUGAUGCCUGCGAUUCUUUGCUGAAACGUAACGAAAUGGACCCAUUUUUGAAGCGGAUGGUAACUGGUGAUGAAAAAUGGGUCACAUACGAGAACAACAGCCGAAAAAGAUCGUGGUCCAAUCGCGGUGAACCGGCCCAAACGAUCGCCAAGCCCGUAUUAACGGCCAAGAAGGUUUUGCUGUGUAUUUGGUGGGAUUGGAAAGGAAUCAUCCACUAUGAGCUGCUCCCAUCUGGCCAAACACUCAAUUCGGACCUCUAUUGUCAACAACUGACCAGAUUGAAGCAGGCGAUCGACCAGAAGCGGCCAGAAUUGGCCAACAGUAAGAGUAUUGUGUUCCAUCAAGUCAACGCCAGGCCGCAUACAUCAUUAACGACGCGCCAGAAGCUCCGAGAGCUUGGAUGGGAGGUUCUAUUGCACCCACCGUAUAGUCCAGACUUGGCACCAAGCCUGAACCUGCUGCACUACUUCUAUUUCCCUCUUCUUUACACGAAGCCACAGCUAUACAUCGGUUUCGUUUUAAGUUCCGAAAGUGUACACACUAGUUCAGUGACAAAGAAUAGGCUCUAUGUGGUGCAACUUCUUGAAUUUGCGUCGAACUAA